AUGGCGGCAUCUCUGUUCACUUUCUCCUCUACUUCACGAAGGGUAAUCCCUGCCCCAAACUCUCCUCCUCUUCCAAUAUACAUCAAAGCCACCAACGUUAUUUUCAACCCUGAUAUUCCAGAUAUUCAUCGAGGUCUUGGACUCGAUGAUUUUGUUAAUUUCUUAGCCUCCUGCCGCCUACGAUACGCCAUCAGUGACAUUCCAUCAGAGUUUUUCCCUGAACAAGUAUGUGAGUUCUACUACACCGCAACAGUCAAUGAUGAAAACAAUGUCAUCACCGGGACUAUUGGCCGUGGAAGACACUCCGUCUUUAUUACCGCUGAACUCCUCAGUGCUGCACUCAGGUUACCUAUCUUUGAACCAUUCUCUGAACUGCCUUCUAUUGAACGUUGUCGACGUCUAUUCGAUCAACUGGGAUAUGAUCACUCAAAGGUUGGUGCUCGAUCAGCUCUUAUACUGCGCCAAUGUAUGACCCCAAGAUGGAAAUUCUUCACCGGUGCUCUGUGCAAAUGCGUGGGUCAUAAGUCUCGAAGUGGUGAUCAACUGAGCACCUAUGAGAAACAAGUCGUCUGCUCACUUCUUCUCAAUAAAAGACUUGAUUAUGGGGCCUUAUUCUUUGAUCAACUUGUUCAGCUUCUUCAUGCAAAUGUACGUACUGAUCACGUUCCCUUCCCACGCUGGAUCGCUCUUGUGCUCGAUAAAUUUUUUACUGCAGAUUACUUCUCACACUCUGGAAAUCCCAUCCAAUGCCAUCGCAUGUCGAUUCGAAUGUAUCAAGAUGAUCCGCUGGAUACUGACAUCGGAAUCUCUGAUAGGAUGAGAGAAUGGAUUGCAAAUCCUAACACUGUUCCUUCACUCACCGCUGAUACUGAUGAAGGAGCUGAUGGUAAUCAUGAGGAUCAUGUCGGUCAAGAGGAUGAACCACAUGAUGGUGGUCAUUUCUCUCCUCAACUUUCUCAUCAUUUGGUCUCUGUUACUGAGAAAGUUCCCUCAGCUCAAAAGGAUCCACUGAUUCAGGGGGAGCAACCAUUUCAGGGGGAGCACCCAUCUCAAGGGGAGCAUCCCUCACAGGGGAGAAUCCACCCCGAGGGGCCAACCUUCUCCGGGGAUGCAACCACGCUCACCAGUAGCUCUAGGUACUUCAUUCCUUCAAAUUCCGGCCUCAGCAUUUAA